AUGAAUUUUAGAACAGCUCGUCAAAUUGCAUGGAAAAUCAUAUGGGGAUUUGGAUUGAGAAUGCACUUGAUUUGUGAAGAAAAUAACAUCUUCACAGUAUUCUUAGGAUUGGUCAGGCACUUCAUACAAUCUGACUUAUUCAUAACAAACCAUAUAAGGGGUCCAGAUUUUAUGGAAAUGAACUCAAGAAAGAAAAGCAAGUCAACCAACGAAUUGAAAAUAUUAUGCAACAAAAAGCUCAAAUUACCAGUCAGCAGCUAAGGAAGGCACAAUUACAGGUUGACAGAUUCGCAAUGGAAUUGGAACAGAGCCGGGAUCUGAACAAUACCAUAGUGCAUAUUGACAUGGAUGCUUUCUAUGCAGCUGUAGAAAUGAGGGACAAUCCAGAAUUGAAGGAUAAACCCAUUGCUGUAGGAUCAUCAAGUAUGUUGACUACUUCAAAUUACCAUGCAAGGAGGUUUGGAGUUCGUGCAGCCAUGCCAGGAUUUAUUGCUAAACGGCUCUGCCCACAACUUAUUAUAGUGCCUCCAAACUUUGACAAAUACCGAGCUGUGAGUAAAGAGGUUAAGGAAAUACUUGCUGAUUAUGAUCCCAAUUUUAUGGCCAUGAGUCUUGAUGAAGCCUACUUGAAUAUAACAAAGCACUUACAGGAAAGAAAAAAUUGGCCUGAGGACAAAAGAAAGUAUUUCAUCAAAACAGGGAACUCUCUAGAAAAUGAUAAACCAGGAAAGGAAGUUAAUAAACUGAGUGAGCAUGAACGAUCCAUCUCUCCAUUACUUUUUGAAGAUAGUCCUCCUGAUUUGCAGCCUCCAGGAAAUACUUCCCAGGUGAACAGUGAAGAACAAAAUAAUUCUCAAAUACUUCAAAACUCAGUUGUUUUUGGAACAUCCGCCGAGGAAGUGGUAAAGGAAAUUCGUUUCAGAAUUGAGCAAAAAACAACACUGACAGCCAGUGCAGGCAUUGCCCCAAAUACAAUGUUAGCAAAAGUAUGCAGUGAUAAGAAUAAACCAAAUGGACAAUACCAAAUUCUCCCCAAUAGACAAGCCGUGAUGGACUUCAUCAAGGACUUACCCAUUAGAAAGGUUUCUGGAAUAGGAAAAGUUACAGAGAAAAUGUUAAAGGCUCUUGGAAUUAUUACUUGUACAGAACUCUACCAACAGAGGGCAUUACUUUCUCUUCUUUUCUCUGAAACAUCUUGGCAUUAUUUUCUUCGUAUUUCUAUGGGUCUAGGUUCAACACAUCUGACAAGGGAUGGAGACAGGAAAAGCAUGAGUGUUGAGAGGACAUUCAGUGAGAUAAGUAAAGCAGAGGAACAGUACAGCUUGUGCCAGGAACUUUGCAGUGAACUUGCUCAAGAUCUGCAGAAAGAAGGACUUAAGGGUAGAACUGUUACCAUUAAGCUGAAGAAUGUGAAUUUUGAAGUAAAAACUCGUGCAUCUACAGUUUCAUCUGUUGUGUCUACUGCAGAAGAAAUAUUUGCUAUUGCUAAAGAAUUGCUAAGAACAGAAAUUAAUGCUGAUUUUCCACAUCCCUUGAAAUUAAGACUCAUGGGUGUGCGACUAUCUAGUUUUCCCAAUGAAGAAGAUAAGAAACACCAACAACAGAGUAUUGUUGGUUUCUUACAGGCUGGAAACCAAACCCUGUCAGCCACUGGGUGUAUGGAGAAAACUGACAAAGAUCAGUUUUUAAAACCUGUAGAAAUUUCUGAUAAGAAGAGUUUCUUUGAUAAAAAACGAUCGGAAAGGAAAUGGAGCCACCAAGACACAUUUAAAUGUGAAACUAUGAAUAGGAAAGGUAUACAGACAUCACAAUCAUUCCAAGUUUUAAAGAAGAAAAUGGGUGAGAAUUUGGAAACAUCAGAAAAUUCAGAUAACAAUCAGAUAUUUACCUGUCCUGUUUGCUUUAGGGAGCAAGGAAGCAUCAAUCUGGAAGCUUUUAAUAAACAUGUAGAUACAUGUCUCGAUGGACCUUCGAUGAAUGAAAUAUUCCCAUGUUUACGUGCUUCCUCUACAGAAGUUAACAAGAAAGAAAAUGUACAUCAUUCUUUUUCACUCUGUAAAAAUCAGGAUUAUGAAACCCAUCAGAAUAAUACAGAAGUCACGUCAGCAGAUUGUGUCAAAUUGGUAGAGACUACAGGUAAUCCAUCUAAAACAGAAAGUAUAGAUGCUUUAACUAAUAAGCACAGCAAAGAGGAAUGUUCUAGUCUUCCAAACACAUCCUUUAAUAUUGAACACUGUCAUCAGAAUUCUUCUUGUAUUGUUUCAUUGGAAAAUGAAGAUGCCGGGUCAUUGAGAAGGCAAGAACCCCUCCAGCCUUAUUCACAUGAUGUGAUAACAGGCCAGGCUCUAAUUUGUCCUGUUUGUAACCUAGAACAAAAGACUUCAGAUCUUACUCAGUUCAAUGUGCAUGUGGAUAUUUGCUUAAAUAAAGGCAUUAUCCAGGAACUGAAAAAGGAUAAAGUUAAUCCAGUAAACCAACCCAAAGAAAGCACCAAAAGUACUGGUAACUCAGGCAGAGUACAGAAGACUGUAACAAAACCCAAAAGGUCAGGAUUGAUGUACUCAGCAUCAAAGAAAAUAAAACCAAACAAUCCCAGACACACCCUUGAUAUAUUUUUUAAAUGAACAUUGAACAUUUUAUCAUUAAUUUUUAAUUGAAACUUGUUUUUUAUAAUCACUGAAGCUAUUCUUCCUCAUUUUAAGUUUACAGAUUCAUUUAGUGAAAGGCCAAUGCAGUAAUCCCUCCCCAGUGGUAUGUCCCUUACAUGAAUUUGGGAUAUAUGUUAAUUUGCUUCUGUAUACUUUUUUGAUACCAUAAGAAUUGCACUUAGAGGUAUUUUUAAAAUGAGAAAUUAGGAAUGGGAUCAAGAAGUGAUUUCUUUAUUAUGUUUUAUAGUUAAUAUGAAACCGUAUAUAUAAGGGCUCUCAGAGGUUUCCAGAAACCUUUUUUAGCAUAAGAACUUUUCAGUACUUAACCAUUUUGUUGUCACUGGUCUGCCAUAUUUGAUCUUAAUAUCUUUUACAAUUUUGUAUAUUUGUAUUUUAGCUCCUAGUACCUUCAGAUACCUCGUGAGCAUUCAUAAUUCAUAUUUAUUAUGCAUUCUAUGUAGAAUAUUAGCUUAACAGAACUAGCAUGAGUGGUUCUCUUCCUCAGGAUAAUAAU